CCCUUCGCGAAGCCGGCUCCGGGGCGCGCUGCCCGGAGACGAGGCCAGACGCGGGAGGCGCCGUCUCUCCCUGAGACCAUGUACCGCCCGAGCCGGGGGGCGGUCCGGCGCCUGGGACCUUGUCUCCGCGCCUACCAGGCCCGACCCCAGCCCCUGGAACUGCCCAUCCUUCCCCUGCCAGCCCAUCGGGAGAUCAGAGCAUGGAGGAGCACUUGGCUGUCAUGCAUGAGAGGCUGAGACAAGAGCUUCCCAACCUCUUCUUCCACUCGCACGACUACACUCUAUAUUCCUUGGAUGUGGAAUUCAUCAAUGAGAUCCUGAACAUGCGUACCAAGGGCCGCACUUGGUACAUUCUGUCACUGACCCUUUGCCGAUUCCUGGCAUGGAACUAUUUUGCACAGUUUCGGCUGGAGAUUCUACAGCUGACCCGCCACCCUGAGAACUGGACCCUGCAAGCCCGGUGGCGCCUAGUAGGACUGCCUAUCCACAUGCUCUUGCUGCGUUUCUACAAGCGUGAUAAAGAGGAGCUUUUCAGGACCUAUGAUGCCUAUUCCACCUUCUACUUGAAUUCCAGUGGCCUCAUCUGUCGCCAUCACCUAGACAAGCUGAUGCCUUCACACUCACCCACAACACCUGUGAAGAAGCUGCUGGUGGGAGCCCUGGUGGCCCUGGGACUGUCAGAACCCGAGCCCAACUUCCACGUGUGCUCCAAGGCCUGAUCCAGGAACUCGGUGGAGGCAGCACUGACUGCUACGUACAGGAGGGGAGGUGGCCAGGAGUGUCCAGAGCCAGCCACCUCCCUCCACUUUCCCUCCUUCCCGUCUCAUGCUGUGUAAAGCUGCUGUGUAAUUUAACUUGUAAAUAAUAAAGUUUACUGUGGAUAUGA